GGUUCGGCCUUCAUAUAAGGCAGUCGGGACCGAUUGUCAAGCGCGUGCAGGGCGUCAUACAUGCCCCUCAAGGAGCGGAAGCAGUCCUCACCCUGCAAUCCAAGUCUCAGAACCCCUGCAUGCAAGGGACAGGCCUCAUCGAACUGCUCGCUUACUCUUUGUACUCCUUGCUGUGCUCGUCAACCCGAGGGUGUCGCUGUCUGUCGUUACCAGUAUCACCGAAAAGCACGCUUAGCACACCAAUCCUCAUCGCAAUCUCCAGCGACUGCACCUGCACCUGCACCAUUGGCAUCGACCUCUGGCGACACCCACCUGGGCAACUCUUCUCCUAGUAAGCUUGUGGCCACCACCUCCUCUCCUGCAUCACAGCCCCCCUCCGAUUCCGCAUUGUACGCCAAGCCACUCGCAAAUACUUGGUCUGAGAAACAGGCCCUUGUUGCACAUGUCGAGCGUGCUCAUGAUAUCGCACGUCGGGAGGAGAAGGCGAAGAAGGAGGUUGAGAGGCAGGGUAUGCAGGAGCAUAUGUCACGGACGGUUACCUUUCGGAUUUGGACGCAGGAAGGCGAAGAGCCGACCUCUCAGCGAGUGUUUCUCUCGGCGUUUCCUGAUUUUGUGCCUGCGCGGGUGCCAUCUCUGAUGGAAGAGCUUCCUGAUGGGAUCUCCCGCAUCGCCGUUUUUAUGCCCGAUGAUGGCUCAUGGAUGAAGCUUGAUAUCCUGGCUGGGUGCACGGUUCAGCCACUGGGCGAGCAGCGUGAGGUGCUAGUGCGUCUCAUCACCUUCAAUGAUCUGGACUGUCCCGGUCUUCCUCCUUUUGCUGCACACGCUUCUGGUCAAGUGGCGAAGCGGCGUCGAGACCCUUCUGCCAAUGGGGAGGACGAUCUGUCAUCUAAGCCUAAGAAAGGAAGGACUAUGGAGCCGCGUCUCAUGUUUCCAUCUCAGUAUCCAUUCCGCACAGUAUGGGACUACGUGAAAAACGUCGAUAGGCGGAAGCGAAGGGAUAGAUCUAUGACUGUAGCAAAGGCUCUAAAGCUUGUCAAUGAAGCUACCAAGGUCGAUUGCAAGGAGUCCACGUUGAACGAUAUCAAACGGUGGCUCCGGCAAGGAGAUGUGGACGUGUGGGAGCGUUUUCUUCAGCUGGGCUUGUUAGAGGGGGGUUCCUUUGGCGACUACAAAGACGCUGUCAAAAACCGGUCUCCGGAACAGACUUCGUUACCAUGGAAUCCUAUUCAUCCGGGUCCUACUCCUCCUUCUGACGUGGAUCCCUCACCUUCUUCAGCCCAUGCUCCGAUUGUCCCGAGUUUACAAGACUUCCGAGAGUUAGACAUCGUGUCCGACACUGACCCCUCCGAGCCUGGAAGUCUGGUGAUGGACAUCACACUUGACAGCGAGCAUGCUCCGUCGAGUCCCGUUCCAGAGUGCGCUACAGACGAGGAGAGCAACUUCCAAUUCGCUCAUAGCCCCAGCACUGCACUUGACAACAUAUCCGCCAUCGAACCCUCUUUCUUGGCCCAUGUCCCAUCACUGCCCAUGUCCGAUGUGUCCGCCUAUCUCCACACUCUGUCUUUGGAUGUCGCAUCUUCACUUCUUGCGCUCCGAGUCGCUGCUGCUGAAACCACUGCCGACCAAUUAUUCUCUAAUCCCGUUUCGGUUCCAUCACUCGCUGGCAACUCUGAAGCAGGCAUAUCGAUCGACAUAUCAUGUUCCGAUGACAUGCGUAAUUUCGAUGCAUCGGACUUCGCAUUUGGUUUCGACUUCACGAGCUCGAUGCCAGACAUAUUUCAUAAUGAAGGCCCAGUGUCUACUUAA